AUGUCUUAUCCAAAUAAUGAAUUAAAUCGGAAUCGUGAUCCACGAUGUCGAGAUCGUUCUCGUUCUGAAAUUCGUCGAACUGAUACUACAGAUACAUUUCCAUCUUCAUCAACUAUAAAUCAAACUUUAAGACAAGAACAUUCUACAUCAAAAACUAGUGUAGUUGAUUUUUUAAAAACACUUGGUAUUAAUUCACAAUUAAUUCAAGCAUUAAUUAAUGCAAAUCCUCCAAAAAUCGAACAAAUUCAGCAACAACCUCAACAACCAUUAAUAAAUAAUGCUCAAGAAUUUGCUUCAUUUCUCAGUCAAAGCUAUGGACUUGAUUCAACUAUAAAUAAUUCUACAUUGAAUCAACCCGUUAAUCGAGAUCCUCGACGUCGACAAAUAUCAACUUUACCCACUCCAACUAUAUCAACAAAUUCUAAUCAUAAUACAUCCAUGGAGAUUUUACCUAGAUUUACUCAAUCAAAUCAUAUAUCUUUGUCUAUAGAUGAAUCAUAUAAACAAUAUUUAUCUUCAAUUAAUCAAUCAUUAUUAGAUAAUGAAACACGUAAACAUUUUCAACGUAUAGCAUUACUCGAUAAUGAAUUAGAUAAAUUACAUCAUAUGAAUAAUGAAUUAAUAAAAACUAGUGAAAAACGUUCCAGACGACGUACAUCAACAAAAUCGAAAGAUCCUUUAUUAAAAGAAAAUGAAAAUUUACAAACUGAACUUAUUGAUUAUAUAAAAACAUUAAAAACAACAAUGAUGAUUAAUUAUCCCAUAUAUAUGUUCAGUAAUUCUACAAUUAAUCAAAGACAAUAA